CAUGGAGAGGCUGGAGGACUCCGCCGCGUGUGUUGUGCUCGCGUGUGUGUGUUGGGGUGUGUGUGUGUGUGUGUGAGGAUCUGGCAGCAGCUUGUCGUCUGUGCGUAAAGAAGAAAGCUCCGUGGUACAGCGAGAGAGAGAGAAAACAGGGGGGGGCAAAGUAUAAAAACAACCCUCGAGUUUAAUGGACCGUUAAAACCGCCUGGAUUACAUCUCGUGGAGCAUUUUGGUCACAUCUUUUUUUCCGUCGUUUUUUGGAAAACCCCUGCGCAUCCUGCUGAAUUUCAACAUUUGGGAACAACCACAGUUGUCCAGAUGUUAAUCCACACCUAUUCGGCCAUGGACCGCGCAGACCAACUAAGCGGCUCUUCGCCGAGCGGGCGCCUCUCGCAGCUCUCCUCCCUGAACCAGGCCGCCUACUCCUCGGCCCCGCCGCUCUGCCACACCCCGGCCUCUGACUUCCAGCCUCCCUACUUCCCUCCCCCCUACCCCCAGUCUUCCCUGCCAUACUCCCAGAGCCAGGACUCGGCGUACUCCCACCUGUCCGACCCUUACCCCUCCAUUAACUCCAUCCAUCAGCAUCAGCAAGCGGCAUGGCACUCGCAGAGGUCGCGCUCCGAGGACGGGGGGCUCCUGUCACAGUCCCACCGGGCGCUGAGCCUCGACCACCGGCGGGAGUACGCAGCUGUCCCCCGACUGCUCCACGGACUCGGGGAGGGGGCCGCCGCGCUGGGGGACGGCCCUCUCGGGAUGCACCUGGGACAUCACGGCCUGGAGGAUCUGCAGGGAAUGGAGGAAGGAUCAGCCCUGGGCAUCCUCGACCACUCUGUCAUUAAAAAAGUCCCCAUCCCGUCCAAGCUGAACGGCUCGUCCCUGUCGGCCCUGUCCCUCGGCAAGGAGGGCCUCGGCAUGGGGGCCGUGUCCAACCCGGCCGAGGUGUUCUGUUCGGUGCCCGGUCGCCUCUCGCUGCUCAGCUCCACCUCCAAGUACAAGGUGACGGUCGGGGAGGUGCAGCGACGCCUCUCCCCGCCCGAGUGCCUCAACGCCUCGCUGCUGGGCGGGGUCCUCCGCAGGGCAAAGUCAAAGAAUGGUGGCCGCUGUCUGAGAGAGCGUCUGGAGAAGAUUGGCCUCAACCUGCCCGCCGGGCGACGCAAGGCAGCCAACGUCACUCUGCUAACAUCUCUAGUGGAGGGUGAGGCCAUCCAUCUGGCGCGGGACUUUGGCUACGUGUGUGAGACGGAGUUUCCAGCCAGAGCCACAGCCGAGUAUCUGUGCAGGCAGAGCGAGCCCGAGCAGCUCCCCACGCGGCGCAGCAUGCUACUCGCCACCAAGGAAGUCUGCAAGGAGUUUGUGGAUCUCAUGUCCCAGGACCGCUCCCCGCUGGGUGGCAGCCGACCCAACCCGUGUCUGGAGCCCGGCGUCCAGGGCAGCCUCACCCACUUCAGCCUGCUCACGCACGGCUUCGGAGCGCCCGCCAUCUGCGCGGCGCUGUCCGCCUUCCAGAGCUACCUGAUGGAGGCGAUCAAAAUGCUGGACAAGGGAGAGGGUGGAGGGAAGAGCCACCACGACAAGGAGAUGAAGCACCGCAAAUAGAGGGGGGGGGGGGACAGAUGUGUGGUUAAAUGGAUGGAUGGAUGGAUGGGCGGAUAGACGAGAGGCAGAAAGGAAGAGAAGAGAGGGGAAAAGACUGACUCGUGCCCCUCUGCGUCUUUACAUCUGCCCUCAGGAUAAAAAAAAAAAACUGAGACUUUUACCUCCCAGAAGCCCCCGCCCCGCGGUCCCUCUCAUCAAGGAGGCGGGGCUGAUGCUGAUGCUGAUGCUGAUGCUGAUGCUGAUGAUGAUGAUGAUGAUGAUGAUAUCUGUACUGUAAUAUGUGUCCACAACCACCUCACUCAAGCUGACGCAUGGACCUCUCUUCUCAGUAGUUGGUUUGUGUCACGAUGGCGUCGGCAAAAAACAUCUCUCCAGGAUGAGUUCGCACACACGGCGGGACGCUUUCAAUUUGUUUUGACCCUCUUUGAUUUACUUACGUCACCUUAAAUACCUUUAUCUGUGUUUUAGGAGCCCCUGCCUUUAUCAGUCUCCCACACACACACACACACACACACACACACACACAUAUUUUUAUUUUAUUUUCUUUUGGACUGAACUCAUCUUGGGAAGCAUCGUAAGCCAUAUCCUGGAGAAUAACCUGCUCUUUUUGCUCCUCUGGAACUUUGGGAGACUUUUAACUCCACCUGUUUGGACAAAGCAUAGCUUCCGUGUGUAGUUAUCCUCAGUGGGUGGUCAUGGGAAAUUGAGUUCUCUGGGUUCUCUGGCAGCGGGCGGUAAACGGGAGUUGAAGGCAGCUAAAGGAGAUUUGUUUUCUUUUAUUUUUUGAAGUACUGCGUGUUGGUAACUAAAAAAGAAAAAAAAACACAAAUCAUUUUGUACUUUCUGUGUCUGUUUAUUAUUAAUGUUAUUACUGUUGUUAUUAUUA